AUGGUUGCUUCCAUCACGCCGGUCCAACACACGCAACGUCCUGCCGCCACCACCGCCAGAAUGAGCGAGGAGCCAUCGCCGGCUCAGCCAAAGCCGACGCCUAACCGCCGACGUCAGGGCAGGAAUGGAGGCCGAAAUGGAGCACAGAAAUCUUACGCCUCAGAGAAUGACGCGGGCCUCGUCAAUGUCUCACGUCCCGACACCACCCCGCAGACACCCGACAAGAACAAUCAUGGCAAUAAUUCCAGACAGCGUCCCAGGACAAAGUCAGCUAGGAAAAAUAAUAACAAUAACGUGGCAGCGUCAACGUCUCCCGAGCCGGACCAGCCAGCCAUGAAUUCUCAUUAUCGCAACACGCCGUCGCGAUCUGUCGCUCCUGCCUCCGUCUCCAAUGCCAUUGCCUAUGCCGGCGCUACCUUCCAUGCUUCUCCCGCGCCCUCGGCCCUCCCUAUGCCCAGCUUCGUCUCCAAAGGCUCCGUUACUCCUACAGAAUCGCCCGCCUCCAAGGCAGCCGUCUACGGCGCCCAUGGCCACCACCAGUCGUUCCCCCAGCAGCCGUCCCCGCCGGCUACCGACACAGAUGUCCCUACUCCGCAGCGUCGCCUCACUGGCCUCGGUGCCAGUGAUUCGCCCCUCGACUUCAUGUUCAAGGCCCAUCGCGAGGAAAAGGAGCGUCAGCGUUACAACGGUCCCAGUGGCCAGCAGCAGCAGCAGUCCGCUCCCCCCAUGACCACCCCGUCAUCUAAUGAGUCUCCUUCUGUCUUGGCCGGUUUCCAUAGAGGAUCCAUGUCGAUGCCACAUAUGCGCCAUCACGACCCAUUCGCUAGGCAGGCGCACCAUAUGGGUGGCAUAGACGACGACGAGCUUGGGCGUGACUACCGCCAGCAGCCAAUGGGCCCUGCCUUCUCCACGCCCUACCGAGACCGCAUCAAGGCUGCACGACCUAGUCAGAGCGGCCGCCCUGGGGGACAAGAGCAGAACAGUGCUUCCCCUUCUUCCGAGGACCCCUCCGAGGCCCUCAAGAGGUUCCUGUUUGGUGGAAACCUCCAGUCUUCGCCGGCGCCAGCCCCUGGCCGUCACAUUAAUCAUGCCACGCUCCAGCGUGCCCCAUUCCCAGCCGUCCAUCAGUCCCCGCCUACUCGUGCCGCUAACCAAGGACCGCCGCCCGCACAUUCAGCAUCGCAGGGGGGCAACCUCCAGGCUAUGGAGAACGACCUACGACGCAUCCUUAGGCUGGACGCUGGGCCUCCUUCUGCCAAUACCGAGCGGAGGUUGUUUAUGCAUUAG